AGAUGACGGCGGGGUGGAGAGAGGGAGGUGCGGCAAGUGACAUUUGCACUCACCUUCCCACCUCGUCUCGUCCCGUCACUCUUUCGCUCAGCGUCACGAGGCUUCCUGUUGAGGCCUGGACAGAAGUUGUGGUCUGUGAAAGAAAAUGUCAGCGGCCACCCAGAAAAGAACAAAGGCAAUGAAGGAGGCAAAAGAUUGAGUGACAGAAAGAGAAAGAGAGAGAGAGAGAGAGAGAGAGAGAGGAGAAAAUGAGAGCCCGCAGAAGGGACUGAGGACAGUGAGAGAUAAAGAAAAGGUCAUUUUUUGACUCAAGACGGUAGCAGUCCAGCAAAACGGACGACCAUGUGACUCCUCUUAGGGACAAGAAAAUCAGACUGACCGUACGCGAUGGGAGCGGUGCAGCCGUAUUUUAUCUGGGCGGUUUUGUUUUCUCUUCAUUGUCUCAACUCUGAGACCAACUUGCAAGGGCUCACCUGUGUGAAUGACUUCAUCAACAAUGUCACUUGCACGCUGAACGGUUUUUCAGCGGAUCCCGGCUUGGACUGCGAGAUCUUUGGCUACAAGAAAAUCCGCAUCAGGAAAAACGAGGCGACCCAUGCAAUUCUAAUCAACCAGAGCUGCAAGGUGAGAGGACGCCGUGACUCACCUCCAGGAUGCAGUUUUUUCUUUGAGAAUAGAGAAUUCACCUAUUUCGAGGUCCUGCCCCGCAUCAUCAUGGAAUGCGACGGCGCGCUGGUCGAGAACCUCAAAGACUAUAAACCUAAAAACCACAUCAAAAUGCACCCCCCAGGGCCGCCUAACGUCACCCACACUGAAAAUGGCACCGUGAUAUAUUGGGAUCCGGGGAGCCCGCGAUCCGUGCUUUUCCGAAGGUUUGAAUAUGAAGUUCAGAUCCAAAACCCGCUGACGAAGGAGGUUCGCACGUUUCCCAGCGACAAUCCGCAGUUAAAGAUCGCCGCUGGGCAGCUGAAAGGCAAGCAGCGGGUUCGUGUGAAAGUCAAGCCGGCGCAGAGCGAAGGCAGCCAGUGGAGCGAGUGGAGUCCAUUUGCGUCCUGGGGGGUGCCGGGACCAGCAAAUCGAGGGUGGAGCCUGGAUUGGACCUUUAUAAUUUUGGCAGUUUUGAUCAUCUUGUGUGUCAUGAUCAUCAUGAUGUUGGUGUUUUACAGAUGUAGUAUCAGCAAGAGAUACCUGAAAGUGAAGCCUGUUCCAAAUCCUUCAAAAUACUUCCAAACUCUCAACAGUGGGAAUUUAAAGAAAUGGCUGAAUCCCAAUUGCGCUCCUCCAACAUUGGACAACAAACAGCCUGUGGACCACAUCUCCCCAGUGGAGGUGUGUGAAAGCUGGGCCGCGGGUCCUCCCGCCUUCAACCCCCCCAGCUCCAAUUGUGCCCCGCAACCUCCGAUCAACAUCGAACCGUCAGCUGGCCCUGACGCCAACAGGCUUGUCGACAAUUUGUCCCAGUCUUCGUCGUGUUUCUCUAACUUGGGCUACUUUGUAUCCACCUCCUCCGGCAGCUCCGUUCAAACCCAGCCCAACUCUGUCAAUUUUGCGGAAAAAUGUGAUUUUCAUAUUCUGCAAAAGACACAUAAUACUAACCUUCCCCUCUCGCUCCGCCUUGCCCCUGCUUUGGCCAAGUCUCCGAGCUGUGAGAGUUUGAAGGGAGGGCCGCAGAGUCCUGACUCGGGCUUUUGUUUCGGAACGGAAGAUGUGGAAGUCGAGGAGGGUAAACAAGAUUCUAAUUUGGUUGAAGAUCAGAUUUCCGGUCCUUGUAGCUCCUCACACCCGAGCCUCCCUCUCCGUCUUCUGGUGCAGACAGGUAACCCCUCGACCCCUUCUGGUCUGUCUCAGUUAUCUUCAGAUAGAUCCCAAAUGCAUGCACCUAUGCUAGCAGCUAACAUAAGCGCCACAGGCUGGCCUGUUGCUUGUACAACGUACAGGCCUUCCUCUAUGCCAGUAGAGUCGUCCAAAUCAGGUUAUUUCAUCCUGCAAGAGAUCCAAACAACUUCUAGCAACGCGUCUAUCUGAGCUCACCCUGAGAUGGAGCCCCGCCGUGCAAAGACACAUUUUUCUGCUGCUGCUAAAAACGAGGAUUCUUGUGACGAUUGCUUGAGUGCAUGCAAUGAUACUCAGACGCUGAGCCGAUAAACGGUGUACAGUGAACAUGAAUUUGGCGAGUAAAUUUCACACACGUGUGUGUUUUUUCCAUCCAUGCCGGAUUUGAAUGAUUUCAAAAAAAAAGAAAAUGUCCGCCUUACUCCAAACAAUAGGCAUGUGCGCCAAAUGCUACCACGCCGCACUGAAAUAUACAUGCUACUUCAUCCAGCAAUUUUUUUUAUUUCUUUACAUGUUUGAGAUGGCCAAAAUAUUUGGUAAAAAGCCUCCACGGCGACAAUAUAACAGGUCAUGGCAGUGAGCGAAAUCAUUUCAGCGGAGUUUCACCCAAGUCGAAUCAGCAAAGGAAAUACCUCUGAGCAGACACCUUUCAAAUGUUUCUUUUUACUAUUAGCUGCUAAAUGAAUUAUUUUUAAAAUGUAUAUCUGUUAUGUUGUACUGAAUGAUAAAUGAAUGCAUAAUAGUAACGAAACAGUCUAAUACACAGGUGUCAAACUCAAGGUCCAGGGGCCAGAUUUGGCCCACCACCUGAUUUUAUGUGACUCGCGAAGGCAAAUCAUGUGUGUUAACUUCCUAUAGAGUAAGUUUCUUUCGGCUUGUCCCUUUCGGGGUCGCCACAGCGUGUCAUCUCAGAUGAACGCACAUAUGUUUGGCACAAUUUUUACGCCGGAUGCCCUUCCUGACGCAACCCUUCUCAGGGAGUGGAGGCCCCAGUGGGAUACGAACCCACAACCCCUGGUUUAUCAAACCAGUGCUCUAACCACUGAGCUACAGGGCCUGUUAACGUGUUAACUUCCAUUAUUCUUGUGAAAAUCUGUACCAGAAUUUCAAACUUUCACAUCAUAAAUGAUAACGUUGAGGUAUUGUGGCCCCAUCACGGCCCUCUGAGGAAAACCAUAACUACAAUGUGGCCCGUGACUAAAAUGAGUUUGACACACCAGGUCUAAUAAUAAUAGCUUUAGGAUAAACGCCUUGGAAAAUGGAUGGAUGGAUUUUUACAUCCCCUUUCAAAUUGUCUCACAAACAUUUUGAUAUACCGUAAUUCCCGGCCUAGAGAGCGCACUUGGUUACAAGCCUCACCGAGUACAUUUGUAAAGUAAAUACCAUUUGGUACAUACAUAUGCCGCAAUUGUGUAAAAGCCGAAAGUGCCCACAUUGAAACCCACAUUAAAACACGAGAUACUUACAAAGAAACAUUGUACACAGAAAGAGUUUAACGCGAGCACGGCACUAACGCUAGUGCUGCUAAAGCUAGCGCUGACGGUUAAAAUAAAACUUACUGGUAAAUAUCACUGAGACACGCCAGUACACAGCUGUAACACGCUAGCACAGCGCUAACGCUAGCGCAGCGCUCACAGGGCCGGUAAAAGUCACUUGCUCGGCACAUAUAUUCCACCGGUCUCACUCUUACCUUUUCCCCUUGAGUGCCCCCUUGCGGCCGUUACAAAAAUAUGCACAAAAUAUCCACAUAAACCGCAGCGUUGAAAGCGUGUGAAAAAAGUCAUGGCUUGUAGGCCGGAAAUGACAGUAAUCAAAAAUAAGUAAUUACAAAAAUAAUCAAUGACUACUAAAAGAAAAGAAAAGUUUUUUUUUGUUUCUCACGUACGAAUGCUUUGUCGUACCUCACUGUCAAACAAGAACAAAUGUUUGGGAAGCUGUGAAGUCGAUUAGAUCGUGUGUAUCGUGAUUUUGUGCAUUUCACUUCUAUUCAAGGUACGCAGCGUGUGCUGAGUUUUGAGCCGCGAUGCGUAAGUCAGUCACUUAUGGCACAUAACCCAGCAUUUAAGAGAAUUGAAAUGAGGACUCUGUUGUGUAGAUGCUUUACUGUCAGUGUUGCCGCUUGUUUGUAGCGCCUAAUAAACAAUCGCGUACGUCCACAUUGAUGAAAUCACCAGUAAUAAUAAUUGUGCCUGUUCAUUCUUUUCUCUUCGUUUGUGGUUUGUAUGUGUGUGAGAGUCAUUCAGGUCAUUCUGAAAACAUGCAGUAAAUUUCCAGUCUACUCGGUGAGCUGAGACCAAAAAAAAUAGAAAAAUAAAAAUGGGUCACCCCAUGACUUCCUGUGUCGCAGUGGAAAGUGGGCCUGAGAAAUGGGCUGAAGAAGACGUACGCACGCAUGAGCGUCGACUUCGAGCGUUGACAUGUCUUUUCAGGUGGUCCCUGGGGCUAUAAGAGCAUGUGGAUUUGAGCGCGGUUUGACAUUUUGCUGUUGCCACAGUUAGCAAACAUCGGGUCACUUCACACAGAACAUGCGACGGUGGUAAUAAAGGGCCAUUGAAGACAUGAAUAUUACAUUGUUAUAGCCGUAUCAUUGUUAUUCGUGAGUCCUCAUUCAUGUGACUUCUGUAGCGUCUUUUAUCAAUAUAGCACUUAAACGCAACCUCGGUUGAAAAAGUGCUAUGCAUCAAUACAAAUGCAAUAUAAAACAUAACACAAUUUAACUUGGCAUAAUUUGGAAACAAUAAACAAACACAUAAAUAAGACACCUA